UACCCCUUAGAAGUUACCUGGGACGUGUAAUGUGAAUAUGAAUAUUGUUAGGCCAAGCUCAGCUCACCAACCUUGAAUCAAAGGCUUGGCUCUCCCUAUUCGCGGGGGAGUGUGAUUGUAUGUGGAUUAUGUGGUAGCCGAGACAGGUUAAUGGUUUGGUCCGUUGUGAGUAGUUCCUGGACCUCGUUCAAAGACGGACCGUAGAAUUGGACUGGACUAUAUAUUGACCAGUGUGGACUGUAGGACAAGCUAGGACCAAUGGGGACUGAGUGGAAGCCAGCUUAUCGGAGUUGUAGGGGCAUCCUGGCGAUCACUGGGGCGGUGCUCAUUCUUCUCGCACUGGGCUCAAUCUAUUCGUUCGGUAAUAUGGUGCCAUAUAUUGUGUCUUAUGUUAGAUACAGAGGGGACGACCCCCACAUUACGUAUCAGACGGCGUCAUUGAUUCUGGCAGCAGCCAUUCUCGGACAGGGCCUCGCAAUGGGGGUUGGAGGAUAUUUGGAAAAGAAGCUUGGAGUAAGACUGGCCACUUUCAUCGGGUGUGUUGUUUUCAAUAUAGCAGUGUUCGCUUCAGCAUGGGCGGUUAAAGUUUCGUUUUACUUCUUACUCUUCACCUAUGGAUUCUUGUUCGGGAUUGGGAUCGGCCUGACCUACCUCCCUCCACUGGUCUGUGUCAUGAAGUGGAUGCCCCAGCGGAAGGGCGUGGUCAAUGGUUUACUCCUGGCUGGAUUCGGAGCCGGUCCCUUGGUAUUCAACAUCGUCCAGACUCUCUUCAUCAACCCUCAUAACCUAGAACCUGACAUCAAUACAAACGAAAUGGGCGCAGAACAAUGGUAUUACUCCCAGAAGGUGGUCCUUGAUCGCGUCCCGUUCGCUUUCAUCCAGCAAGGCAUCAUCUUCUCCGUCGUGCAGAUCAUUGGCAUCAUGCUUCUCGGUGACCCCCCGACCCUUGUAAAGAGGUCAAGAAGAUACGCCAUCAGACGUAAGGAGAAAAAGAUCACCGAGAAAUCGGGUAUCAUAAUGAAUGAGCGCCCUCUGUCGAGUACCGGAAACGAUGUUAACGGAUCCGCGAUCGCUGAGGGCGCUACCGGAAGCAUUAACGAUGAACAGCCUGCCACAGGUGCGCAGAGAGUCGAUCCUUGGGCCAACGAAGCGGGGCGCAGUAUUCCUGAGACAACCGAUAAAGACACGUCCCUUCCGAUCAACACGGCGUCCACGCCGACGUCGAGUUCAUCAGCUGAAUCAAUGGGCGACCGGGACCCUCGAUGGUCAGGGAGGACGCUGUCGACUUUAGAGAUGUUCAAAGAUCCGUUCUUCUGGCAACUGACAGUGGCGAUGUUCAUGGAUUCCUUUGUCAUUCUCUACUUAACGACCUUAUACAAGGUAUUCGGACAGACUUUCAUACAUGACGACCUGUUUCUAGCUGCUACCGGAGCAUGUGCUUCUGUAUUUAACGCGCUGAGUAGAAUCUUCUGGGGACAUAUUGCUGAUAGAUUUUCCUGCAAGGUCUCUUUCAUGACGACGUCUGCUAUAAUGGCCGCCCUCACUUUCACAUUCGGACUUAGUUUCUAUGGCAACAAGGUUAUGUUCUUCAUCUGGGUGGUUGGCAUAUUCUUCUCGAUAGGUGGCGUCUUUUCAACUGCUCCAACGGCUACAUCAAGAGCUUUCGGAUCUGACUUUGUCGGAGUCAACUACGGGUUCAUUUUCCUGUUCGGUGUCAGCAUACCGUCCAUCGUUGCUGCCUGCACCCAGCAGCUUGUUCUUCACUUCUUACCCUGGGAUAUCCUCUUCAUCGUGGUAGGAAUAUUUCCGGUAGUAGGUAUGAUCACCGCCAUGUUCUUCAAUCUCAAGACGCCCAAUGGUGUUGACAUAUAACAAGACGAUCUGCUCCUUCUUCUACGAUGUCAUUCACGAAGUGCACCAACUUCAUGUGUUUAAACAAACAAUCGCAAAGGCUUUCGCAAAAUCAGCCGAACACAAUUUCAAUACCCUUGUCCCUCCAAUCCAUGAUAUGUGCCAGCAUUAUGGUGACAUGUUAAUCCGAACAUGAUUCUUUAGGCAGUACAAUAUAGGGUAUUGAAAUUGACCUUGAGUUGAUUUUACAAGCGAUCGUGUUCAAAAGAAGUUUGAGCACAUGGCUCUUUCUAAAUUAAAGAUAAACUUGAGUUCUGGUUAAAAAAGAAAAUUAAUUCUCACAGAAUC